AUGUCGAACCAGAGCGAGCUCGCCGUGUAUACAACACCCUUGCAUGAUCCUUCCGUGAAAGGCGUUUACGGGCAAGCGUUAGCCCCAGAGCGACCUGCCUCCUUGUCAGCUAUGACCCCCAGUAGUCUCGAGAUCCCUGAGCCCAUGAGAGCGUCAGACAUUCCGGAGUCCAUUCGUGAAGAGGAUGAGGAAACAGCAAGCGAACCAGUUGAGCCGAUCACUCCCAGAAGCGAAACACCUCCGCCGCUUUACCAGCAACCGCAAGUAGCCACCGAUUCCUCUGUCAAUCAUGCUGACACCCGUCUUCGAUCUGCCGCUAUUCCAAAACCUUUGAUCAUCAGCACAGCUGCGACUCCUCCCUCAACGCCUCCUAGUACGAAAUCGCCCGAUCGCCCGUACGCAACCGGUCCACGAAGACAGCCUUCUCACCUGAGAUCCGCUUCGAAAUCCCUGAAAUCGCUGUUUCGACGAUCAAAUUCGCACUCCGGCGACGAGCACACGCUCGAACAGAACCCGCAUAGCCCGACUCAUACGAGACCUGGAUUUUUGUCUACCUUGCGUAAAAACUCCAUGAGCUCGACCGCACACCCUUCUCCAGACAUGUCACAGUCAAACUCGCCCCCAUCUCCUUCCUCCCCUUCUAGUACCUUAAACGGCGGUAUCAAAUCAAGUACGUCGACGCCACCUGAUGGUAUGUCGCUCAGGAGACCCCACCGAUCAUCUACCGGGUUUAGUUUACGAGAGCGAAGCAAAGUCAUCUUCUCAGCGACUCCAAAACCUCACCGAGACCCUAGAAUCAGAUCUCCCAGCGUCGGAGACGUCGAUAAGCAGCCAGAAAGGCCUGGGUUCUCUAUCCCAGCUGUAUCGGGCGCUGGACUGAAGGCACGUCGCAUGAGUGCGAGUAUUCCUGAUGAUUUUUUUGUUGACACUUGUGAGUUGAAUGAUGAGUACACCAACUCGAGUAGGAUGCCUGGUCGGAGAGGAAAGGAAGUGGGGAAAGGUGCGACGGCCACGGUUAAAAUCAUGUAUCGCAAAGGCGGUGAGAAGGAUGCUCCAUUUGCUGUAAAGGAGUUUAGGAAGAGGGCAUCGAAAGAGGAUGAGGAGGAGUAUGUUCAGAAGGUGAAGUCUGAGUUUAGCAUCGCGAACAGUUUGAAUCACCCCAAUAUCGUGCAGACUUUUCGUCUCUGCACCCACAGCGGCCGCUGGAAUCAUGUGAUGGAAUAUUGUUCGUACGGAGAACUCUUCUCAUUGGUGCAGAAAGAUUACCUUACUCCUCGCGAUAACCUUUGCUUUUUCAAGCAAAUAGUGCGGGGUGUCGGGUAUCUGCACGAUAAUGGCAUCGCCCAUCGUGAUAUUAAAUUGGAGAACUUGCUGUUGUCGGAUGACGGAUAUGUCAAGAUCACUGAUUUUGGUGUUUCAGAGGUCUUCAGUGGCAGUCACCCGGGCUUGCGUUGUGCUGGCGGCGUCUGUGGUAAGGAUAUGGGAGAAGUCCGAAUGUGUGCUCCCGGGAUCUGCGGCAGCUUGCCGUAUAUUGCGCCUGAGGUUUUGGCAAAGAAAGGCGACUAUGACCCUCGUCCAUUGGAUAUCUGGUCUUGCGCCAUCGUCUACCUCACGCUUAACUACCGCGGAAACCCUUGGCCUUCUGCCGACGACAAAAAUCCCAACUACGCUAAGUUUAUUUCAGGGUGGCAAACAUUCCUCAAGAAUGAUUCUGAAGGUCUUGUUACGGAAGAGAAGGCCCCCAUGUGCGGCCCAGUUUUUAGACGCUUGAACAAUUCUGGCAUGAAGCGACUUUUACUUCGCAUGCUUCACCCGGAUCCCAGCAAGCGGUUCACCAUAAACGAGGUUCUGAGCGAUAGAUAUUUUAAGACAAUCGAGUGUUGCUCGCCCGAAUAUUUAAAAGAUCCCUCAAAAGCAGUUACUGGCAUCGAUGCUGCCGGCAAAGGCAGUUGCAGACUUGCCAACAAAAUGGUGAUUCAAAAAAUUCACCACCACUUCCCCCCGGAGAAAAAAUACCUCCCACAACAUCGGUUCGAUAUGGGAGAAGGCUAUUAA